CAUCUCCAUACCACGAAACAAAUCCAUCAAAGCGUUGCAUUUCCCUUGCAUCGUCUCUUCUUCUCUCAUCUUUUCUGUUUAUCAGAUUCACCACACUCGUUUUACACGUUUUUAACUGCUCGAAGGAACUACCGUCGUUUUUAAAACCACCAACUUCCCCUUUUUAAACCAGAAUCUAUUUCGACCUUUGUACAACUUUAUUACAUUAAUAUCAACUCAACAUGCGCUCCAACUUCUUCUCCGCUGCGGCUCUCCUUGCCGUGGCCCAGCUCGUCGCUGCCCAGACCUCCACCGAGUGCCAGCCUCUCGAGAAGAAGUGCCCCGAUGACCUCGCCCUCGGCACCACCAAGUCCAUCGACUUCACCGCCGGCGAGUCCAGCGACUUCUUCGCCCUCCCCGGCACGACCCUGAAGCACACCGCCGAUGGUGUCGAGUUCGACAUCACCAACGAGAAGCAGGCCCCCACCAUGGAGUCGAACUGGUACUUCUUCUUCGGCAGCGUCGAGGUUGUCAUGAAGGCCUCCGACGGCCGCGGCAUCGUGUCCUCGUUCGUCCUCGAGUCCGACGAUCUCGAUGAGGUCGACUGGGAGUGGAUCGGCUCCGACACCACACAGGUGCAGUCCAACUACUUCGGCAAGGGCGACGACAGCACCUUCGACCGCGGAGGAUUCCACGGCGUCUCCAACCCCCAGGCUGAGUUCCACACCUACCGCCUCGACUGGACCGCCGAGAAGCUCGUCUGGUCCAUUGAUGGCGCCGCCGUCCGCACUCUCCUGUACGCUGAUGCCAAGGCCGGAACCCGCUACCCCCAGACUCCAAUGAAGGUCAAGAUCGGCUCGUGGGUCGCUGGAUCCUCCACCGCGCCUAAGGGAACCGUCGAGUGGGCUGGUGGCCUCGCUGUGUGGACCAACAACCCUACCUACAAGAUGGUCGUCAAGAGCGUCAAGGUCGUCGAUGCCAACACGGGCGCUAAGUCGUACUCCUACGGCGACAUGACCGGUAGCUGGCAGAGCAUCAAGAUCGACAACGAGUCCACCGGAAACGCUGGCUCCGGAUCCGAGUCCUCCACCAAGGUCUCCUCCACUGUCGCACCUACCUCUACCAAGGCUCACUCUUCCACCGCUACUAAGGUCUCCAGCACCGAGACUAAGGAGUCUUCCACCUCUACCAAGGAGUCGAGCAGCUCCAUGACCACCGUUGUCUCCAGCUCGUCCACCGGUGCACCCAACGCUACCGCUACUGGUGGCUCGUCUUCCACUGAUGGCUCCUCCGACCCUACCUCCACUGGCCCAUCGACCCCAGUUAACUCCACUGGUGCCGGUGCCAAGCUCGGCGCCAACUUGGCGAUGGUCGGUGCUGUUGUUGCUUUCUUCGCUUUAUAAGCGGGGAUUGUGUGAUGGGAUGGUUUGCAU